ACUCCAGCCAACAACUUCGAGCUCAGUCUACACUUGACCUUCGGUCGUCCAUUCGUUGAACCAACUAGUAAUACUCUCAUUAAUACUCCCUCCGCCUCAUCCUCCCAACCUUCAAACUUUUUAAGUUCAAAUCUUAUACUCUCACAUCCAUCAAAAUGCGUUCCUUCGCCGCUGCUGCCAUUGUCGGCCUUGCCGCCGCUGUUCCCCACUACGGAUACGGCUACCCCGAGGAGUCUUCCUCCGUCCCGGUCUACAGCACCCCAGUGUACAGCACUCCAGAGGGCUAUCCCACCCCCAGCUCCACUGCUGAGGGCUACCCGGUCCCCAGCUCUUCUGCUGAGGAGUACCCUACCUAUCCCAGCUCGACUGCUGAGGAGUACCCCACCUACCCGAGCAGCACGCCCGUUCCUUAUGUGACCAAGACCGUCUACCAGACCAGCCUGUACACCGUUACUAGCUGCGCUGAGUACGUCACUAAUUGCCCGGCCCACUCUACCAUUGUCUACACAAGCAUCAUCCCGGCCUACACUACCGUUUGCCCCGAGUCUGAGAUCCCCAUCUACACUCCCCCGGCCAAGCCCAGCUCCACCGUCGAGGCUUACCCAACGUACCCAGUUGAGACCUCUGCUCCUUGCUCUACCACCUCUACUGUUACGGUUACCAUUCCGUACAGCUCUGCCGCUCCAUACUACCCCACUGGUACUGGUGCUCCUUACUACCCCCCUGGCACUGCCUCUAGCUCUGGCUAUGUCAAGCCAUCAUCUUACCCACCAACCUUCACUGGUGCUGCCAGCCAUGCUCAGGUCGGCAGCUUCGUUGCUGGUGUUGGUGCCAUCGCUGCUCUCUUCUUGUAAAUGUCAUCUUUCAAUUAAGCUUUACCUCUGGUAGGCUAUGACUUUGCAUGAUUGGAGUGCAUUUUAGGGUUUCGGCUUCUCUUCGGUUGGGAAAAUUGGCCCAAGACGAUAUCCACUUGUGUAGAUGGUGCGAGUAAUUGUAAUUGUUCUGGGGUUUGGGGGUGUAGGUAGUAGAGAAUUGUAGAUCUUGAUCUGAA